UUAAUUUCAAAAGAAGGGAAAGAAACUCGCUUCCGUAAACUUCAAAAUGCCCUCGAGAAAAUUGAAACCAUAGCAGGCUCAUAUCCGGAGGUAACUCAAUCAUGUACUGAAUUACGAAGAAUCAAUCUUCUUCCGCCUAAAAAAAGGCGCAAGUCAACAGCAGAUGUGUCUAAAGACGUAUAUGGAUACGGUACCAAAGAAGCACGAUCAACCCAUUCACCCACAAACAAAAGUCUUAAAAGAAGUACGUCUCAAUCAUCAUUGGGCCGAAAGUCGCGAGCAAGCUCUGUUAGCCGUACUGUGAGUCCCACGCCAUCUGUAUUAUCAAGCGUGAGCGCUUUGAGUAGCAAAGCUGACCUUCAGGAUGAAGAAACUUUGUACAGCAGCGAAGAGAUAAUCGAAUUAAAAGAAACGGUCACAAAACUUGAGGAAGAAAAUAAAGCCUCCAAUGAGUCGAUAGAAAAAUUAGAGGAAGAAUUGAGGUUACUCAAUGAAUCAAAAUCUAAACUUGAGGAAGAAGUAGAUAACCUAAAACAAGAAAAGGAGAAGUGCGAUCGUAAAAUGCAAGAGAUGGAAGAAUUGUUGUUAGAAUUUCCCCCAGGUGAACCGGAUGAUAGCGAUAGG